AUGAGAGUACUUCCAAUAACUUUUGGUAUAUUAACCGUGUGCGGCUUUUGGAGACCCAUAAGCUUGGAGUCGUCUAUUCCAAAACAGAUGUAUAAUUGUUAUUCGAUAUUUAUGUGCUUUUUAAUAUACACCUUCACAUUGAGUCACUUAAUAGACAUUGUAAUAAGUGCAGCUGAUUUUGAAAGCUUGACUGGAAGUUGCUUUAUGCUGCUGUCCAUGAUGAACGUUUGUUGUAAAAUGACGAAUAUAUUGUACUUUCGUAAGAAUAUAGUAGAACUAUUACAAAUACUUGCUAGUGAUCAUUGUACUGCUAAAGAUGUCGUAGAGAGAGAUAUCGAAAAAAAAUUCCACAAAAGAGCCAGAUCCGUUACCCUAUGCUACUGGAUAUUAACGGAAACAACGUGCAUGUUAAUAACUUUAAGAACAUUUUUUGGUAGCUCUAAACAAAUUUUACCUUUCAAGGCUUGGAUUCCUUACGAAAUAACGGGCCUCGCUGUUUACUGGACAACUUUCUUUCAUCAAACGAUUGCACACGUGGCAGCAGCCAAUUUACAAAUUGCUAAUGAAACUUUGAUUUGUGGUCUAAUGAUACAAGCGUGUUCGCAGUUGGAAAUAUUGAAAUACCGAUUAAAGAAGAUACCCGAUGAGUCGAAAAUUGAUAAAUUUCCUCUACAAAGUACUGUAAAUAAUGCUCAAAAUACUAAUAAAAAAGAUACGAAGACAUUGUUGGUAAAUUGUAUUGAUCAUCAUCGACGUAUUAUCGAAUUUUCUGAAAAGUUAAAUAGCACCUUCAACGUAAUAUUAUUUGUUCAAUUUGCCAUUAGCUCGUUAGUGUUAUGUUCAAGCGUGUAUUUGUUAUCAAAAAUGAAAUUGGUUAGUGUGCAUUUUAUGUCACUUUCCUUAUACUUAUCAUGCAUGCUUUAUCAGAUAUUUUUGUUCUGUUGGUAUGGGAAUGAAGUUAUAUUGCAGAGUCUUGAUUUAGGAAAUGCCGUUUACCAUAUGGAUUGGACCAUAUUGAGCACAGAAGAUAAGAAAAAACUAUUAAUAGUUAUAUUACUAGUUCGAAAACCGAUACAAUUUACAAGCAGCUUCCUUGUCAGUCUAUCAAUCGAAUCUUAUUGUAAAAUAUUAAAAACAUCAUAUUCUGUUUUCAAUCUAUUACAAAGAACAUCGAUAUGA